AUGGAUGGAGGAAAGGGGAAAACCCUCCCAGCCACUGGCAGGCGCCGUUCGUCGACCUUUUCCAACCUAAGCUUCCUGAGAGAUGCUGCCCCAGCUAUUGAUCGAAGAGUGAGUGCGACAACUACGGCUGCGGGUAACAAUUCGGAUCUCUUGCAAGCUCCAGACGUUUCAAACGGAGCUUCAUUACGUCGCCGUGUGUCUGUCAGCGAGAAGACACCGACACGAUCAUUUUACCAUCGAACAUUUCAUGGGCCAUUGGACACCGCCCAAUACUCCUCACUAGGAGUUCGAGAACGAACUGCAGAGAUCGAGUCUCUAGCCCUAUCUGACGCCGAAUCAAUUAGUCAUAAGUCACUCUCCGGUUAUGCGAGUGAUCUAUCUACGUCUACUGGCGGUUUACUCGCUAGGGAAGGUUGGACUGGGGAUGGAGUGUCAGAUCGUCUCACUCGGUCUCGGUCCCGACCAGAGGCCAUUGAAGAAAGGUCAGAACCGACCACCCCCCGAGGAUCCGCCUUCCCUUCGUUCGUGGGUGAAUCUGCCUUGACUGCCAUGUUACGAUCGUCCCCAACAAACCCGUUGAAGAAGUCUACCAGUGCCCCCGUGCAAUCUAGAAGAGACACGACCAUACAAGAACCCAAUGAGGAUGAUGAGGAAACGGCCCUUGGUCACCGCCCGGUGGCAUCUAUGCCUCGGAUCAUAGAUCCCGAGCAAGCACCGUUGAUUAAAGUUCAGAGCAGCUCCAAGUAUGGUGCUAUACCUGGCGGCCCUGAAGACUUUGGGCCCCAGAGACCAGAUUUAGCUAGUUUAGGCCGAUGGAUGGUCUCAAAACCUCCUGCAUGGGCAAAGACCAUAUGCAACCCACGGACGUGGGACAAACAAUCCAUAUAUGAAAAUGGAGUAAAAUUACCCGUCAGCCUACUGCCAGCUGUUUUCUUAGGCCUACUUCUCAACAUCCUAGAUGCCCUUUCCUAUGGAAUGAUUCUCUUUCCGCUGGGUGAGCCCAUAUUUGCUGCUAUGGGCGCUGACGGUAUUGCCAUGUUUUAUGUCAGUACUAUCAUUUCCCAGUUGGUUUUUUCCUGCGGAGGCUCGGUCUUCAAAGGCGGUAUCGGCGCGGAGAUGAUUGAGGUCGUCCCAUUUUUCCACGCAAUGGCAACACAAAUUCUCACCAGGGUGGGAGACGAUGACCCUCGAGCUGUUUAUGCAACAACAAUUUUAGCAUUUUCUCUAAGCGCCAUACUCACAGGGCUUGUAUUCUUCAGCAUGGGAGCAUGCCGCCUUGGCUCCCUAAUUGGAUUUUUCCCCCGCCACAUUCUCAUCGGCUGCAUUGGUGGUGUAGGAUGGUUCCUUGUCGUUACUGGUAUCGAAAUAUCCGCUCGUUUGUCAGGCAAUCUAGAAUACAACCUCAAAACAUUAGAGAAGCUUUUCCAGCUUGAUACCAUACCACUGUGGACCGUUCCGUUGCUUCUUGCAAUUGGUCUUCUUGUUCUGAAGCGUUUCAUACGUUCUAAUUUCCUUCUAUGUGCCUACUUUUUAGCCAUCGGGGCCGGUUUUUACAUUGUUAAGUUUAUUACGAAUGUUUCUAUGAGUUCAUUGAGGGAAGGAGGGUGGGUUUUUUAUGCUCCUGCAUCUUCACAACCAUGGUACCAUUUCUAUACGUUAUACGAUCUUUCGGCGGUUCAUUGGGCUGCACUUGCAGAAACUGUUCCAGCCAUGUUUGCAUUAACAUUUUUUGGCAUUCUUCAUGUUCCCAUUAACGUUCCUGCGCUUGGUAUUUCAACGGGUGAAGAUCACCUGAAUGUAGACCGAGAGCUGGUCUCACAUGGAAUUUCCAAUGUAUUUUCCGGCUUUGCUGGUAGUGUGCAGAACUACCUUGUAUACACGAACAGUCUCCUUUUUAUUGCCAGUGGAGGCAAUCACCGUCUAGCAGGAAUCAUGUUGGCUGUUGGUACAUUUGGAAUUCUAGUCAUUGGACCAGGUAUAGUUGGAUAUAUUCCAAUUAUGGUUGUUGGUGCCCUGAUAUAUAUGCUUGGAAUUGAGCUUCUAGAGGAAGCACUGGUUGAUACGUGGGGGAAGUUGCACAGGCUUGAGUAUUUGACUGUUGUAACAAUUGUUGUCACGAUGGGAGCAUGGGACAUUGUUGCGGGUAUUAUUGUGGGUAUCAUCCUCGCGUGUGUCAAUUUUGUGGCUCAAACAUCACAAAAAUCCGCGAUAACAGCAACAUACACAGGCCAAGUGGCCCUUUCUACCGUUCGGCGACACCCGCUGCACGCAAGGUUCCUACGUGAAGCGGGCAAACAGACAUUCGUCAUCAAGCUCGCUGGUUUCCUCUUUUUCGGGACCAUUGUCAGUGUCGAAAAGCGGAUACGUGGAUUGGUGGAUGCAGAAGCAUUCAGCGAGCGGCCCAUCAGAUUCCUCAUACUUGAUUUCUCAUAUGUCAACGGGCUAGACUUUUCAGCAGCCGAAGCCUUUACAAGGCUGAAUAGGAUACUGAAAAAGAAGGGAGUGCACAUGCUUGUAUGCGGGCUUGAUAUAGCGGGAGACGUUGCAACAAGCCUGCAAAAUGUCGGCCUGUUUGGGCUGGACGAUGCGGUCGAAAUUUUCCAAGAUCUAAAUUCUGCGCUUGAGCACUGCGAGAAUGAGGCCCUGAAGGCGAUCCACGAGCACAAAGAGACUCCGCCCGCCGGGCUAUCCCCCGGUGAAGGAAACCUGAAACCAUUAAACAAGACCCAUGCCCAGACACUGGCGGCAGACAUGGCUGCCAACACUCCUCGCGGCUAUUAUCUUCACCAGCUAGCGUCCAAUUUCCUACGGGAGGAAGCCGAAGACACUCGAUCGGGCAAGAUCCUUCACAAACGCUUGUCACCAGCACAACAGCAGCAGCAGCCGCUCCCGCUGCUGCUCCAAACCUUUCAGGGUCUCAGCAUCAAAUCCGCAGAGUUUUGGCUUCCCGUGUGUCCAUAUUUUACACGGGCCGAGUUUGCAGCAUCUUCGGUGUUGUACCGCGAGAACGACUACCCGGGUCAGUUCUACCUGUUGGAAUCAGGUAUGCUACGGGCGGAACAUGCCACUCCACAAGGGCGAAGCUACUUUGAGCUCAUCGUGGCUGGACGACCAUGUGGCGAGCUGUCCUUCUUUGGUGAGACGAGCCGCAGUGCGACCGUGAGGGUAGAACGUGACUGUGUAGUCUGGACGCUAGGGACGAAAGAGUGGGAGACACUCCAGGUAAAGGAGCCGACCGUUGCGUUGGAGUUGCUGAAAGUGUGUUUGAAAUUGACAGCUGAGCGGACGGAGAGCAUCACUUCGUAA